AUAUAUUUUUACUUUCAUAUUCUGAGAUAACUAUAAAGAAUUUUUCAAUUAAAAUGCUCUACGAUUUUAAUAGUUUCUCUGAGUAAGUUAAAAUUCCCAGUUAAUCAUAUGAAACGAAAUUACACACCCUAAAUGGAAGUUUGUUUAGCUGUUGUCCCUACCCAACCUAGAUUUGAGUAUAUCUGAAAGACAUGAAUACCAUGAAAUCAAGCUUUGACUAUACAGUUGCAGUUUUUGUUAACUAAGAGGUAAGCCUGCACUUCCAUUUAUCGUAUUGACUGGAUCUUCCCCUAUAGGCAGUAAAUCUCGUAUAUUUCAUAUUUAAAAUUUUAAAUUUUUGAGAAUAUAAAGUUUUCAACAAAAGGUAUUAUUUACCCAAAAACAUAGAUAUUUGGCUAUUUAUGUAGUAGCCAUACCGAGCACUAACGAUUAUAAAUAGUUAAAUACUCUACGUUACUAAUAUCAUGUUACAUUGUCUCUUCUAAUAGAAAAAAAUGAAUUUCCAUCAGGUCAUACUUCUCCUUCUUCUUAUUUUUCUUGUUGAUUUAUCAGAUCGCAAUGUAAAAGCUAAUGCUAAUUACAACGCAACUGGUUACGAGGAUGGGACAUCAAAGUGUAACAUUUACGAAGGGACUUGGAUUUAUGACAAAUCUUCUGGUCCUCUUUAUGGAACAUCGUCUUGUCCGUUUCUCGGACUAGAUUGCCAAAAGUUUGGUCGGCCGGACAAGAAGUACCUCCACUACCGAUGGAAACCGACCGGAUGCGACAUCCCAAGCUUCAACGGACAAGAUUUCUUGACGAGAUUCAAAGGGAAGAAAAUACUGUUUGUGGGAGAUUCACUAAGCAAAAAUAUGUGGGUGUCGCUAAGUUGCAUGCUUCACGCGGCCGUUCAUAACGUUAGUUAUAAUUUCAUGCCCGAUAAGUCCCUCUCUACGUUCACCAUUCCGGAAUACGGAAUAUCUGUAAAUUUCCUGAAGAAUGGGUUCCUGGUGGAUUUGGUAAUGGACAAAACAAGAGGAUGGAUACUGAAACUGGAUUCGAUCAGUACCGGAAACCAAUGGUUGGGUUCAGAUGUUGUCAUCUUCAACACUUUCCACUGGUGGGGUCACACUGGUCGUGCUAAGACAUGGGGCUAUUUUCAAGUGGGGGACAAGGUAGUGAAAGAGAUGGAUAGAAUGGAAGCUUUCAAGAUUGCUUUAACAACUUGGGCUAAGUGGGUUGAUCAGAACAUUGAUCCUUCAAAAACUAGGGUUUUCUAUCAAGGCGUUUCUCCUGUUCAUCUAAAUGGGUCUGAUUGGGGUGAACCUGGGAAGAGUUGCUUGGGAGAGACGGAACCAGUGGAAGGAUCAAAUUACCCCCACACAAACGAAGGUGAGGAUAUAGUGAAAAGUGUGAUCCGAGGGAUGGCUAAACCGGUGAGUCUCCUAGACGUGACGACUAUGACGGAGCUGAGAAAGGAUGGUCACCCUUCUAUCUAUGCCGGUGGAGGCAGUAAGUUAAAUGACUGUAGCCAUUGGUGCCUCCCUGGACUCCCUGAUGCAUGGAACCAGCUUCUCUAUACCGAUCUUCUUGGAAAUGUUUAGUGUUUUCUUGGAGGUCUAAUAAAAUAAAUAAAAAUAAAAGUUCUCAUGUUUCAAAUCU